GUUAUCACGUGAUCAAGCUUGAGUAGACAAUAUGGUUUGGCUGUUGCUUGUUGUGCUCACCGGAUUUGCGUUUCUUGCAGAUAGCGCACCUUCUCCUAAACCGAACUUCAUUGUUUUUAUGGCAGAUGAUCAAGAUGUGCUUUUGGGUGGUCUGACACCAAUGCCUCACACAAAACGUUUGUUGCAAGAAGCAGGGACAACCUUCCAAAAUGGCUUUGUGACGACACCAGUUUGCUGUCCUUCUAGAACUGCUACUUUGUCUGGCAUGUAUGCUCAUAAUCUGGAUGAUCAACAUCGGGGGUGGUGUGGUGACUUUGCAAGUCGAGAAAACAACACAUUUGCAUUGUGGCUGCAGGAAGCUGGCUACGAGACAGGAUUAUUUGGGAAAUACUAUAAUGCCUAUGGAGACUUUUGUAGGAAGAACAUACACGUGCCUAAAGGCUGGACACGAUGGUUUUCAAUGUGUGAUGACAACAAAUUUUUCAAAAAUACUUUCAACGAUCAAGGAAAGAUGGUUUCUCAUGGUGAUGCUCCGGAAGACUACAUGACUAGUGUUAUAGGUAACCAGACCAUCAGUUGGCUUCGUCAAGUAACACAACAGAAUGGAGGCAGUCAAUCACCAUUUUUUGCAUAUGUUGCUCUACAUGCUCCACAUGUUCCCGCCACUCCAGCUCCCUGGUACAACAAUACACUUCCAAAUCAGACAGCUCCAAGGACACCAAACUGGGGUUAUCUUGGAGAAGACCAUCACUGGGUGAUUCGUCAGCAGCCUUCUUGGACAGAUGAAACUCGUCAGUUCUCUGAUGAUUUAUUCAUGAGACGAUGGAGAUCAAUCAUUUCUAUUGACGAUAUUGUGGGAGAGGCAGUUAAUGUUGUCCAAGAGGCUGGAUUACUAAACAACACAUAUUUCUUUUACACAAGCGACCAUGGUUACAAUCUUGGGCAAUUUAGAUUGCCUUCUGGUAAAUUCCACGUGUAUGAUCAUGACAUAAAAGUUCCGUAUCUUAUUCGCGGACCUACAGUUACUGCCAAUCACACAUCAGCUGCAGUUGUAUCAAACCUUGAUAUUGUGCCUACAGUGUUACACCUGGCUGGUGUGGAGCCUCGUUAUGAAUUAGAUGGAAAGCCACUCAAUCCUGUACUUCAAGGUAAUGUGCCAGAGAGCUGGAGGGAUACAAUGUUAAUAGAGUAUUGGGGUCUUGGAUAUGUUAGACGUGGACCAUGUCGUCAGGGUGUUUCCGCCUGCCCUGGGCAUGACUCACUUGAAGAUGCUCCAUCUAACACCUACUCUGCAGUUCGAGUCAUCAACAGUGACACAAACAUGUUGUAUGCCGAAUUCAGGCCAAGGAACGAACUUCCUGUAGCUUCCAGCACUAACUUUACAGAGAUGUACAACCUGGCAAAGGAUCCAUAUGAGAUGCACAACAUAGUGAAUGAGACAAAUCACGAAGUCGUUGAUCAGUACAAACACAUGUUGUAUGCAGUGAUCACAUGCAAAGGCAAAAACUGCCCGUAAUUAACACGCACAAGGCUAAUUACACCAUGGAAAACAUUAUCACGUUUCUCUACAAAUGUUGAGAUAGAAACAUUUCAAUUGUUAGCAAAGACGUCAUUGUUUGUAUUGCAAUUGCACAACAAAGUUUUGGGUUAACUGUUUCU